AUGUCUAAACUGGGGGCCCUGGGCGGCACUCGCACCGGCGUGGGGCUGUUGCUGGGGACCGCCGCGGGCCUUGGAUUCCUGUGUGCUCUUUACAUUCAGCGGUGGAAACGAACCCAGCGCCAUGGCCUCAGCCAGAGCCUGCCCAAUUCCCUGGACUAUACGCGGACUUCAGAGCCUGGGCGCCAGGGUAAGCGGUACACAACAGCCAAUGCAGAGUCUGACUAUGACCAGGACUCGGACAGGGAGAGUGAGGACCGAGAAGAUGAAGUGAGCUCUGAGACCGUGAAGAUGGACUCUCUGGACCUGGAGGUGGCUUUGGGCCCUGGGUCUAGUCCCCUGGAGGAUGUGGCGCCUUUCCUGCAACAGGCAGACAAGCUGCACCAGGGCAGUGAGCAAGACAAGCGGGCGGGCUUCCAGCUGCUGCUCAACAACAAGCUGGCGUAUGGAGGCUGGCCAGACUUUCUCUGGCGCCUGGCUCGAGCCUACAGUGACAUGUGUGAACUCACUGAGGAGGUGAGCGAGAAGAAGUCAUAUGCCCUAAAUGGAAAAGAAGCAGCAGAAGCAGCUCUGGAGAAGGAUGAGUGUGCAGAAUGUCACCAGUGGUAUGCAGUGCUUUGUGGUCAGCUGGCUGAGCAUGAGGGCAUCCAGAAGCGCAUCCAAAGUGGCUUUAGUUUCAAGGAACACGUUGACAAAACCAUUGCUCUACAGCCAGAAAAUCCCAUGGCUCACUUUCUUCUGGGCAGGUGGUGCUACCAGGUCUCUCACCUGAGCUGGUUAGAGAAAAAAACUGCUGCCGCCUUGUUUGAAAGUCCUCUCAGUGCCACUGUGCAGGAUGCCCUGCAGAGCUUCCUAAAGGUUGAAGAACUACAGCCAGGAUUUUCCAAAGCAGGAAGGGUAUAUAUUUCUAAGUGUUACCGAGAACUAGGAAAAAACUCUGAAGCAAGACGGUGGAUGAAGUUGGCUCUGGAGCUGCCUAAUCUUACUAAUGAGGAUUCAGCUUUCCAGAAGGACCUGGAAGAAUUGGAAGCAAUUUUAGGAGAGUAA